CAGGCGCACCCCCGCCGUGUGGCGAAGGUGGCCAAGCAGAUUGAGCGCGAGGUGGGGCAGCUGCUGAUCAGCGACAAGACGAUGCAGGCGGCGGUGUGCCCCGAGCGGCGGCGCGGCUUUGACGGCGCGCUGUCGGCGCUGGCCAGCGUGACCGAGGUGCACAUCAGCAACGACCUGCAGGUGGCCAAGGUGUACCUGUCCAUAUACAGCGACGACGUGGGCAAGGAGGUGGCCAUUGAGGGCCUGCAGCGGCUGGAGGGCUACGUGCGCAAGCACAUCGGCAAGCAGAUCCGGCUGCGACUGACCCCGGAGAUUCGUUUCGUGCGGGACGACUCCAUCGAGCGAUCGGAGCGCAUCCUCAAGCUGCUGGACCAGGUGCCGGCU